AGGACGUCAAGGAUACAUGUUGGCUUCUUUAAGGCUUCUGUUCUCUUUGUAUUCUGGUUAACAAAACAUACAGUGGACUCAGAUGCGCUGUCAGCUCCAAAGAUGGUAACAGAAGUAUAUGGAGAAUCUGUGGCAAUCCCUUGUCAGUACGACAUUCAGUUCAGGGACAACACAAAGUACUGGUGCAAGGGAAUUGUGUAUGAGCUGUGUAAAAUAGUAGUGAGAGGGGACCGAGCUAGUGACAGAGCCUCCAUUUCUGACGAUAAGGAGGCUGGGGUCUUCACUGUAACUAUGACUUCUCUCAGAAAAAGUGAUGAUGAUAUCUACUGGUGUGUCAUCUCCACACCUGGAAGGAACAACCACGCUCGUGUCAGGCUCUCCAUCUCCCAAAAAGGGAUAACACCGACCAACACCACCCCGACAAAUUCAUCACUGAUACAGGGACGAGGUGAAGUAAGAUGGUGGGAGACUCUACGUUGGAUCAUCUUUAUUUUCAUGUUAUGUUGUUUGCUAUCAACACAUAUCGUUGUGUGGAGGAUGAAAGCUGCACAAAAAACACAGCAGCACAAACAAAAUCAAUACGAGAACAUUUAUGAGUGAAAGUCUAGCAAUGUUUUAAAUAAUGGGUGAUUUAUGAACACGUAUGUACAUAUCAAAGCAUUCUGUCAGCGUGUGAAUAGAAAUGAACCAUCAAGGGAAAAAGUGGCUUUUCCACCUCAUUUUUUUUCUUAGUACUUAAAUGAUUAAAGCUCAUUAAUUUCAGUGCCAGCACCUUAGAUAACUUUGGACACAACUUUUUAAUAUCUAAUCAGCUUUAAUUUAGCACCUCUGGAGAGCAGGGGCUCUUGGCUUUUUCAUUUAAUUUAUUUGCAGAUCUUAUAUGAGCGGUCAUAGAAGUUGGUAUUCGUUUUGCAUUUUACCACCACUUACAAAAUCUGUCAGUGUUGUACUUCAAGGAUGUGAACCAUGCAGAAUAAAAACCCCUUCAUGCACAAAUGAAGGGCCAAGUCUUGUGAAGUAGCUGCUUUUAAAAGACAAUAAAUGGACAUAUAAUGAAGUUCAGUCGUGAUGUUUUUUUUUAUUUUAAUUAAUCUAAUGAACCUUUCUUCACAUGAAUAUAGUCACACGCACCCUUAAGUCACACAAGAUACAUACAGCUGAGAUGUAGUUUCUCUCCAAGGUAAUUCAUGUAAACUGAUGACUUCCAGUUACAAUUAAAGGUAAAUUAUACUCCAAUUCCCCAGAAAAUGUGACAUAAUAGGCAGCGAUGGUUUGUGAUGCUUGUCAAGCAGAUUACAUUAGCCUGUUGAUUGUACUUGCAACAGAUUUCAAAACAGCCUCAUUUAACAGCAUAUUAACAGU